UUGGCUGGCUUUCAAAACGUAAUGAUUGACAGAAUAACUAACUGCGUAAAAAAACGGUGCUUUUUUUCUGCUCCAGAGCAACGAUUUGAGUAAAUUCUGCCCAAUCUGAACGCAACAAUGGCAAGACGCCAAGUGGCCAAUCAGGAGUUGUCUGAGGUGUUAAAUGAACUGUGGCGUCUGGACGUCAACCGCCUCAAGCCGGGGACUGAUUACAUCAUUGCCCCUCAGGGACGAGCCGGCUACGUGGCUCAGGGCAGCAACUAUGCCAAGGAUCGUGCCCAUGCGCCACUCUUCAUAUACGUCGAUGAGGACAAACUGAGGAGCAUCAAGACAUAUGCAUACUUCAUCAACUUGCUGGACAACUACGAGAUGUCGACAGGCGUGUCAGAGUCUGUGACCCAUGAGGAGCUUCAGGAGAACCGCAAGUUCCUGGACGCCAUCCUGGACACAGACGUCAUGAAGUGCGCUCACCAGUACCUGGUCAAGAAGAGACAGUCGUCGCCGGAUGUGAUGAGUUUCAAGAAGCAACUCUACAACAUCUGGUUCCGCCUGUACCACCGUGACAGGAGAGGAGGGGCGGACUCGUGCGGCUUCGAGCAUGUGUUCGUGGGCGAGACCAAGCAGGGGCAGGAGAUUACAGGCCUUCACAACUGGGUACAGUUCUACCUACAGGAGAAGCACGGCCACAUCGAUUACAAAGGCUACAAAGCACGGGACAAUAAAGACACCCCCGAUGAGGACGACCACGUGCUCAACCUGCAGUUUAGCUGGAAGGGCCUGGUCAAGCCAGUGGGCGGCUCCUUCAUUGGGGUUAGUCCCGAAUUGGAGGUGGCGAUGUUCACCAUCGUCUUCCUACAGUCUGGAGACAAGACCAGCACGCUGGAGGUGAAGGUGGAUGAGUAUGUUUUGGAGUUGGUGGUUCACAGGCACGGCCGCUCCAUCGGGUCAUCUUACCCAAAACUCCUCAGCAGCAACCACCGGGACUUGUAGCUUGUUUUUGGUAUAAAAAUGGAUCGAAAUUCUACACACAAACAGGUUUCAAGAGAACAAUAUAUUUGUGAACAUUCCUACAUAGCUAUUCAAAACAAAAGACCAUUUUUCCAGUGAUACUAAAAAUGGAGCUAUUGUACAUUCUAUUCCUGAUUUUUUACAUUACAUUAACAUUACCUAGGUAAUCAUAAUUUGUGUAUGUAAUUCAUCAUGUUACAUGAGGUUCCACUUGUUCUAGUCGUCACAAUUUUACAGAGACAGUCAAGGGAAUGCGACCCCACCCAAAAAAAAAAAAACAAAAAACAAGAAGUAGAAUCACAAGAGCACACAAGAAGAAUUUUAAGAAUUGUAACAUGAUAAAACAAACACUAAUAUAACUAAAAUACAGUAAAAUGACUUCCUGGUUCUCUAGUUGUUACACCUCCCGCCACCCGAAGUUAAAAAAGGUACAGAUUAACAACAU